CUUCGCGUGUCUCGAGUGAAUCAUUCUUCCCAAGAUGGCGUUACACCUGCUCCUCCCGCGGGGAUCCCCGCUGUGAGUCCCCGCGACGCCAGCAAAAACAAACCCGCCGGGACCAGACGGCCCCGCGAACCGGAAACCAAGCUAAACGGCCGGACUCGUGAUUAACCGCCACUUCUAAAAAAAAUAAAUAAUAAUAAUGUCCACGGAGGAGCUGUCGGCCUCGGACAGCGAGGCCGCCUUCGCCGGGGAGCGAUGGGCGCCGGUCGGCGCCGUGGCCAGCCCGGAGGACGAGGGCGACCGGGGGAGCCCCGGCCGGCCGAAGCGCAGCGCCUCGUCCCCGGCCACCGACGAGGAGAUGGCGGUGCGCCUGGAGAAGCUGGAGGAGGAGCAGCACCUGCUGAACUCCUCUCUCCUGGCGCUCACCUCGCACUUCGCCCAGGUGCAGUUCCGGCUGAAGCAGGUGGUGCACGCGCAGGCGGAGGAGAAGGAGCGCAUGCUGGCCGAGCUGGAGGAGUUCGCCUUCCGCGGCUGCCCGCAUGUGGUGGGCUGCCGGACUCAGGACGCCGGGCAGCUGGAGAACUCGGGAGACCUGACUGAGAGGGAGAAGAGGGAACGCCUGGAGGCUCAGAGGGAAAAACAGAAGGAUCUCAUUCUCCAGCUGAAGACGCAGCUGGAUGAUCUGGAGCGCUUCGCCUACCAGGAGGGCAGCUACGACUCGCUGCCGCAGUCCGUCGUCAUGGAGAGACAGAAGGUCAUCAUUGACGAGCUGAUCAAGAAGCUGGACGUGAACCUGAACGAGGACAUCGGGAACUCGUCGCCCGAGGAGCUGCGGCGGAGGGUGGACGCCGCCAUCGCUCAGAUCGUGAACCCAGGCCGGGUCAAAGAGCAGCUGGUGGAUCAGCUGAAGACCCAGAUCAGAGACCUGGAGAUGUUCAUCAACUUCAUCCAGGACGAGGUGGGGAACCCCCUCUUAUCAGACGGUGGACCCAGCCAGCAGCCACGAGCAUCAGGAACCAAUACCAGAGCUCCAGGAGUGAAGAACGUGGACCCGGAGCAGGCCCAGAAGAUGCGAGAGACGGGCCUGCAGCUCAUCCAGAAGGCCCUCGCCGUGCUGCAGAUCUUCGCCGCGAGCCAGUUCGGCUGCGCGCCCGGCCACCUUCCUCAGAACGUGUGGCCCCAGGAGUCCACGCUGCAGGACUACGGGCCGCUGCUGCGGCGCCUGGAGGCGGCCGUGGACAAGGUGCGGGUGCUGGGCUCGUGCAGGCAGCCGUCCCUCGAGCACGUCGUCAACUACACCAGCAACACGGCGCUGGGGCCGCGCGACGAGCUGACGGCGUCGGUGAGGAAGGAGCUGGCGAUCGCCCUGAAGGACCUGCUGUCCCACGGCCUCUUCUCGCCCUCCCAGACCAUGAGCCUGGUGCUGGCGCCCAUCUCCUGCCUGCUGCCUUACACCCCGGCCCCACAGACCAUGCACCCGUGGGAGCUCUUCGUCAAAUACUACCACUCGAAAAACGGGAAAGCCUUCGUGGAGACGCCGGCCCGCCAGCUCUCCCAGUCCUUCAGCCUGCCCGUGGCGGGCGGCCCGGUGACCGUCACCCCUAAACAGUCCCUGCUGUGGGCCGUUCACACGGUGCUGAAGGAGCACGGACGCUACAAGCGAGGACCCGACACGGAGUUCAAGGCGCUGGUGUGCAUGGCCCUGAACGAGCAGCGCCUGGUGUCCUGGCUCAACCUGCUGUGUAAGUCCGGGACCCUGGUGCACCCGCACUACCAGUCCUGGAGCUACAUGGCCCAGACCGGCUUCGAAGGAGCCCUGCGCAUCCUGGGCCGCAUCAGCCACCUCAAAUUCGACCUGCCGGUGGACCUGGCUGUGCGGCAGCUGAAGAACAUCAAGGAUGCUUUCUGAGGAGGCGACGCGUCCGGGAACGCCGGCGGAAACGUCGGCCUCAGGAAUCGAGCAUUUUACGCGCUGAACUACACCGCUCUUACCUGUCGAUCAGGACCUCGACGUGACUUUGUGCUUUGACUAUGUAGCCUUUCUUUUUAGAGGUUAUUUAAGUAGCAACCCAUCUUAAGUGAAGUGCAAGUGUGUGAUGUCUUCAGUCAAUGCAUGGAUGAUAAUGUUGUGUGAGCUUCAACCAUGAUGUCCACUUUGUUUAAGAUGCCAAAAUGACACCGCUGCACGUACUGUAAACCUGCCUUAGGAGCGACGUUUAGAGAAGCCUUCCUGAACCUUUCGACCUGUGCUCGUAUCUUUACCCUGUGGACACGGCCGCGUCCCGAACCUAUGCAGCUCAGAGAGGGAGGCGUGUACAGUAUUCAGUACUGUAAGUGAGACGAUCCUGCGCGGCCCGGAGAGCAUCGUGAAGUGUCUGUGACUUCUGUUGGUGAUAAAUCCCGUGUAGCAGAUCGGUGGCUCUCUUGAUGCACGUUGUGUUUCAGGUGUGUCGGACCCUGUAUGAAGUGCUGCUUUUCUCCUUUUCCAGGUGUAGUUGGGAUUCGAAAUAAAUGGCAGUGACAUUGUACGAUGAGAAUGAUGCACUGGGUUACAUCCUGUAUGUAUUGUAGAAUAUAAAAGGCUUUGUUUCCUGUUACAGACAACUUGGUUUUUGGACCUUCCGGAGACAAAAGAGCUGUACGAAUGAUAUCCUUAAGUACUGAAUGUUCAAACCACAGAUGCUAUUAACCUGAGGUUUAGUUUGUGUGUUGACCUGCUACUACUGCGGGACAGUGCUGCUGCAUGUAUGUGUCAACGCAAUGAUUGUAGGCGUGCUGACAAAAGAUGAUCGCUGCGUCGGUUUCCCUCGAUAGAAACCCGAGCACUUUGUUACCGAAGUGCAACUAGAAACUCCUUUUUAGCAUUUAUUUUACGUCGCUGUGUAAAUUGAAAGUUUAUUUAGUUUUUGUGUAGUAAAUAUGCUGCAUAUUGUGUUUGUAUUUUUGUUGGUCAGCUGUUUUGUUGUGAUUUUGUGUCUAACAUUUAUUUAUUAAUGGCAUGUUUUAACUCAUCAAUGAAGUAUAUUGAAUAUGUCAACACUUUGUGGAACUAGCUAGGAACACACUGGAUUAUUUAAAUUAUAAUUUAAUCACAAAUAAUAUAUUGAAAGAUGUGAAUUGUUUAUUUUCCCCUUUAUCAUGUUCAAUCAUACCUACAGCUGUAAAAAAUGAAACUUCUAUACUGCUGUGAGUUUAUUUUUCAAAUUAUCAAAUUUCAACAAAACAAAUUUUUAUUUAAACAAAUUUCAGGCAGAACGAGGUGGACCAAACAUCCUCAACGCGACAACUAUUGUGUUCCUUAAAUGAAAAAUACCUAUUCAUUCCUUUCAGUACAUGGAAAAAAAUAAAGCACCUUGAUAAUAAAAUUAGUCAAUUGUU